AUAACGAAAACGAUAAUGUCAUCUUCAUCAGAGAAAAGUUCACCAAGAGACCGUCAGGAACAUCGCCGCAAAAAGAGGAAGCAUUCUUCAUCGAAAGUAUUUCGACAAAAAAUGAAAAAACUCGAAAAAAAGAUGAAAAAAUUGAAGCGUUCUCAUCGAUAUCGUGAAAGCAGUACGUCAUCCUCGGCAUCUACCUCCAGCUCAGCGUCAAACAGCAGUCGCAACACUGAAAAGGUAACUAGAAGCCCUUCCCGAAGUUUUUCCCGAAGCCUAUCUCGAAGUCCUCGCAAUGAACGUGGUCCGAGAGACACGUCAAAUGUCAGAGGCGAAAGGAGUCUGAGUCGUGAUCAACAAGACCGCGACCGUGAAUUCAGACAUUCCAGAAAUAUUAGUGAAAAGCGUCUCCCGCGAGGAACGCUACACAAGAAAACUGGAAAUGGUGAGAACAAUGAGCACGAUCCGAGAGACGUGUCACGUUCUAAAAAAACUCGAUCUAGGUCCAUAUCAAAAACACCUGAAAAUGCGACAAAAAAGGUUAACCCAAGCGACGCCGGGGCUGAGUCGGUAACAAACGAAGACAGCUUUCUAAAAUUGUUAGGAGAGGGCGCGCAAGAGGAAAUUCAAUUUAGUGCACCAAUCCACAAUUCAAUUGCGGAAAUGUGGUCAAAAAUUUUGAAAGUCGGUUUGCCCAAGGAAAGCAUUAAAGACCUAAUUAAAAAAUAUCCUAUCGCAGAAAAUUGCCAAAUGAUGGGUGCGCCUCGAUUAAAUGCGGAAAUAAAAACCGGAAUGAGUACUACCGCACUGAAAAAAGAUACAUAUCAAGUAUUAGCUCAAAAUAAACUCAGUGCUUCCAUCAGUGCUCUCGGAAAUGUACUUCAUCAAAUUUUAGAUGCAAAUAAAGGCGAGAAGGAACUAAAUUCAGGUACUUUGGCCUUGAUUUUUACUACUCUUUGCGACGCAGGUAAAAUUAUGACCGACUUGCAACACGACCUGUCAAUAACUCGCAGGAGUUUUAUAAUACCUUCCUUCAGUUUAAUACUAAAAAAGAUUGCUGAAGAAUCGAACGUCGACACAUCGUUGUUCGGCGAAAAUUUUGCAGAAAAAUUAAAAUCUGCCAAAGAAGUUGAAAAAUCAACAAAAGAAAUUUCGAAAAAUCCAGCAUCACAGACUUCAACAAGGGCCAGUCAUCAGAACAGGGACAAGGCUGCCGGAUAUUCGUCAUCAAAAAAUUUAAACUGGAGGGGCCCCUCCAAAAAAUCAUACUCGAGCUUGAAGAGGGGGGGCCAGGGAUAUCGCAGCAGUCGGAGCCAGACAUCGAGACGAGGGAAGAAUUAGUGGUAAGUAAAACCGCAGGUCGCCUGCGAUUUUUUAGUAAAGAGUGGGGGAAAGUGACAACCGACCGAUCAAUUCUUGAAUGCGUUAAAGGUUACAAAAUACCCUUUGACGACAUACCCACUCAAACACAACGUCCAUCAGAGCCUGAACUCUCGAUUGAGGAAAAUGCAAGGACAGCUCAGGCUAUCCUUCAACUCCAAAAAAUAAGUGCGGUGGCUCCUUGCAAGCCAUGUAAGGGAGAAUUUUUGUCAUCACAUUUUUUAAGAGAAAAAUCUAGUGGCGAGGAUCGCUUCAUUCUUAAUUUAAAAAAAUUAAACAAGUUUAUAACGACCUCCCACUUUAAAAUCGAAGACAUGAAAACUG